AAGCUGCACUUUUUUCCAGAGGUUUUGUAUUUAGAUAUUUGUAGCUUAAAAGCCUACAUUUUUGCGCCUUAGCUCGAUGUACGACUGCGAAGAACCGCUGGAGAAGCGCCUGUGAGGUGAGAUGUUGAGUGGAGAGCUCUUUUUCCUCCAUCAGUUGGUGCUGAAGGAGCCGCUUCCUGCUGUCUGUCUGUCAUCGCGAGGAUGAGGAUGCUGCCGUUCAGCAGACGCAGGACUCACGAGCGCGCUGGUGCCAGCCAAACGUCGGAUCACUUCAAUCGAGCGUGACGUUGUUGGAUCCAGCGACUGAUUGUAUGUUGGCCAAGAUAACGAAGGAUUGGAAUUUCGUCCAUCUCGCGAAACCUUUGCCUUUGUAAAUUCUGUGGCAGAUCCGUCUUUAAGUCUCUCUUUGAGAUGUGUAUCGAUCUUUUUUAAAGAUGUCGUCAUCCUACAUGUUAAUGGGUCGGAUUUUUGAAGGGCAGGGAUGUGGAAGUGAAGGAGCACGUUCAUUCUCUUCAUUAUAACGCCUCAUCUGUUGGAUAUAAGCCGCGCUGAUGGAAAAUACGGGAUCACAGGUGGUCUCGCUGGAGCAGCAGGUGGAGAGUGUGGAGAGGAGCAUUGUGUUCCUUAGACAGGAGCAGCUGUCUCUGCUGCAUGGACUACAUCUGGAGAUCCUGUCCCUCCAGAAACGCUGUACAGAUGCAGAGAAGAGCAGGGUUACAUUGCUCACUUUGAUGGCUCAGGCUGCACAGAGAGAACCACGGGUCAAUAGCUUCCUGUCAGUGCAGGAACUUACACAGGAACUCAACAUGAAGCCCCCAGGCAGAAGUGAAGCAGAGGUGAAAGAGGAAGAGGAGCAGCUGGAAGCUCGUUGUGGGGAAGUGGAGGAGCAUCUGCAGGAGCAACAACAGAUCCAGAGUGAUCUGCGAUGGGAGCUGAGUCAAAAGUCGGUCCUGGUGGGUGCUCUCCGUGCUAGUCUGAAAGAAAAGGAGCGCCAUUUCCUGGAGGAAUUAAAACACCGCAGCCACAGAACCACUGCGCUCAACACCGAGCUGCAGAAGCAGACGGAGACGGCUGCGUACCUGUCCUUCCAGCUGCAUUCAGCCAAGCAGAAACUCCAGCAGCAGCGCAGGAGGCCACCCCAGCCCGGUGCAGACAAGCCUCCCGUCCACCCUGUACCUCAGGCCAGUGCCAGCAGCCCGACCACCAUCAAACCCAAACGACGGAGCUCGAGCCGGCCCUCCUCAAAUCUCCGUACCGAACGCGCCAGGGAGUGUGUACCCCGCGAGAGGGUGACAGGCCCUGAAGAGCCGAUGGCCAUGCCUGACCCUGCCCUCUUCCUCUACCCCUACAGACACAGAUCCCGGCUCCGCCCACCACACAGACACGCCCUCCCGGAAGCAGAGGGGGAGGAGUCAGAGGAGCUCGAUCAGGGAGCUUCAGUAAGCAGACUGGCAACAACAGUAGCUAAAGCCACUGCGACCACUGCAUCCACCACAGAGAACAACGCUGAAUGAGUGUUUCUUUUACAGUUCGACCUGCUUGUUUUUAUGAUAUCUAAACCUGAAUUGCACCUUGAGCCCCUUGGGAAAACCUUUGCAUUAUGACAGUGACAGAAACUUUUAUAUUUGCAAUACGGUUUGCUUUUUUUUACAGUUUGCACAUGCGGUGGUUAUUAGACCAAGGAGAGAUUUUUGCUUACGUUCUUGUUGAACCAAAAUCGACUCGUGUUUAUGUUGCUGUAAGGCAUUUUUAUAAUCAGAAAUUACCCUGAGGACCUCAAUACACAAACAUGAAGUGCUCCAUAAGGCCUGUUUUAUACAUCCUGCAUCUGCAGUGUGUAGUUUUUUCACUAACUAACUUGCAGUCAGUCUUGGAGGGGUUGAAUUUAAGUGGACUAAAUGGCUGGUGAAAUCCUGCAAUAGAUACCAGAGAAAAACCUGUCAUUUUUACUAGAAGAAAAAUCUCAAAAGGAAAGAAAACUGUGUAUUAUAUGCAUGUCAAACACGUGCGUUUCAUAUGCACGCCUAAGUCAGUUUUUGUGUAUAAAUAGCACGUAAAAUACAAACACAUUGCGCUAUUGAUACGCUAUUCUUUGGCUUUUCUCUUGUUUCUGCUCUCGCAAUAACAACGGAGCUAUUUUAUUAAUCAGUUUCAAUCAAUAUCACAUUAUCACGGCUUAUACAAAAAUCUCAAAUUUUUCUUCCUAAAGAGAGAGCUGUAAACAUUUACAUUGACUUAAUCUCACCUUAUGUGACUGACUGGAUAGUGAAGAAAGGAAAUACAAGAAAGGUUAGAAUGCAUUUGGAAUGAUCCUGAUGUUUUAAAUUUACUAAAUAACAGAUUUUUUUUAGUUUUUUUACUAUCAUGUAAUAAUAAAGUGCUGUUUUGCAUCUUGUGCUAUAUUUAUUAGCUUUAUUGGCAUUGAUGGAUAAAAGAUGCCUAUCAUUGUGUAUGUACAGUAAAUCUGAAUCAGAACAUCUAGAUUUCAAAGGUGGUUUGGUAUUCAUGCAAAUUACCAUUUAGAAUGCAAAUGCAGUCACCUCUUCAUUUAAAGUAAUAAUACCUAAUUGCACACCUCCAAUAACCAUUUUAAACAUUUUAGCCUUUAUUAAAAGGAAAAUGCAAUGUAGUAACCCAGAAAUCACUUUAUUUAGAGCUGAAGCGCUGUCAGUGUGAAAGUGUGACCCUGCUGUUUACUUGCUGCAGACGCAGGAUGUGCAAAAUAGGCUGAACUCAGUGUCCUUGUGAACUUGUUACUGCUGAGUCUUUGUUCAGCAGUUGUUUUUUUAUCUGUAUGCCCUUGUUGUGGAAUAGCUAAUCUCAGAUAUUUCUGAAUGAUCAGGUUGUCUGUCUGGUGUCACCACAAGUGCACUCUCUCAACCCUCCAGAUGUGAUGGGGAUUAUAUUCAGUCAGACAGAUAAAUCCUGUGUGAAUGAGAUCUAUACAGCCUGAAUCAUUUGCUUAAGUGCUUUAUCUGUUAUAUGGUGUGUUUAUAUGUGGACUUGUUGAUUAGAAGAGAGUGGGCUCAAGGGUCAACACACCAUUGUUCUGCCAUCAUUAAAUGAGCCAGUGAUGCCCAAAGGACUGAUGAGCUUAUGCUGCUCAUGCUGUAAUGUUUUAGUCUGAUGUUGCAAAUAACAUGUUUAUAUUCGUGUCAUUAGAAACUCAAUGCUGUUUGUUUUAUAAUUCUGUGUGGGCAGGUAUAUGUGCAUAUACCAGGAGAUUUCUUGAUUAAAAGCAAUGUGAAACAUAUUGCAAACAUAUCAAGUGUUUGUAGAGCAAAAGCUUGUAAAUUCAUAAUAUGCAAGAUUAGAUGUGGUGUGGUAUGAACUAAAGCAUAACUCCUGCUCUUAGAUGUACAACUUAGAGAGGGUCAAUCUAUGGAAAUGGAUUGGAUGAGAGUGACAGGCAACAUUACAUUUCUUGACAACUAAGAGACAAUAAUAAGUUUAAAGGAAGA